AGAAGUCUUUUUGGGCAAACUUCUUUUUAUCUGCAACAUUACAAGUAUCUUAUACAUAGCAAUGUGUUACUUUAAGUUAAUUUCUCUCACAGUCAUCCUGUUUUUCAUCUGCUGUACUGUAAAACAAGUUCAGGGUGCCACAAGGAUAUAUAAAACAGUAAACACAACUCUGGGCCCUAUAAGGGGUCGGCAAUUUAAUACUUCAACUGGCAAUCCUGUUUACAUAUUCAGAAGAGUUCCUUACGCUGAACCACCAGUUGGAGAACGUCGUUUUAAACCACCAGUACCCCUAUCUCCUUGGAAUGAAACAAGAGACGCUUUGUCGUAUGCAGAUAAAUGUGUACAGAGACGUGGAUCUGGAGUAAUAGAAGGAAAUGAAGACUGCCUCUACCUCAAUAUUUUUAGCCCAGAGUUGCCAUCAAAUACAAGCAACCCCAAUAGACCAGUGUUGGUGCUAAUACAUGGUGGCUGCUUUGUAACAGGGUAUGCCCAAUCAAAUUCACAAGAUUAUUAUGUUGACAAUGGAAUUCUGGUUGUUACCAUACAAUACCGACUUGGAGCCUUAGGAUUCAUGAGUACUGGUGAUUCAGUUCUUCCCGGAAAUCUUGGCAUGAAAGAUCAGGUCCUUGCACUGGAAUGGACAAAACAGAAUAUUGCAGCAUUUGGAGGUAAUCCAGAUGAUGUUACAAUUGGUGGUCAAAGUGCUGGAGGAGCCUCUGUCCAUUACCAUGUGCUGUCACCAAAGUCAAAAGGUCUUUUCAAACGUGCUAUAGCACAAAGUGGAUCUGCACUUAGCCCAUGGGCAUUUGAUAAAAAUGCUACAGAUAGAACAUACCGUUUUGUUUCAUACCUGGGAUAUGAUGCACAGAACUCUUCAGACCUUAUGCAGUUUUUGAUGAUGGUCAAUGCAUCAGAACUGGUGAAAGCAAGCUUACCUGCUCUGUCUGAUGAAGAUCAUACAUCUACCUUUGUAUGUGUUUGGGUGCCACAUGUGGAACCUGAAAGUGAAGAUGCUUUUCUAACAGAGGAGCCAUGGGUGAUAACAUCAGAAAACCGAUAUAACCAUGUGCCAUAUCUGACAGGUGCAACAAACUAUGAACUGCUGAUAAGAACGCAGGAGGGUGGGUUGUUUGCAACUGAGGAAGGUGUAAAGGAUUUGAAUGAUAACUUUGAUGAUUAUAUUGCUCAUGAACUCAGGCUUUCUAGUAAAGAAGAGCAGCUGAAAGCAUCAGCACAGAUUCGGCAGUUUUUCUUUGGUGACAGUGAAAUUACUUUGGAAUCUAAUGACUCAAUUGCAACGCUGGUAUCAGAUCUCAUGUUUGUUGAAGGAGUACACACCGUAGUGCAAAACAUGAGUAAAGAUUCUGCAUAUCCAGUUUACUAUUAUGAAUUUUCCUUCUAUGGACCACUCAGUGAAUUUCCUGACUUUCCAGGAGCUUGCCAUGGAGAUGAUAGAAGAUAUAUGAGUAAUUAUGCAAGUCUUGAAUCUGAUUCUGCUGGAUAUAGAACUGGAAUUCGGCUGUUACAGAUGUGGUCCAAUUUUGUGAAAUAUAGUAAUCCAACUCCAUACACUGAUGAGUUACUUACAGAAGAAUGGAAUAUAUUUGAGAUAAAUAAUACAAAUUAUCUCGAAAUUGCGAGUGAUCUCCAGGCUGGUACGGGGCUCAACAAGGAACGAAUGAAUUUCUGGCAUAGUGUGUUGCCAUAGACAAGGCACUUUGAAAUAGAAUGUAUGUACAAUGACAGAGAGAGGUGCAAUUGACAGUAUCAUACAGAAAAUGAUUAUGACAGAGGCACAGGAGCUGUUAAAUUGCAAAAAAUUAGAUCUAAAGGAAAAUUUAACAAAUGGGCAAAUGUAAAAUAAAUUAUGUUCUACCUUUUCUAUAACCACCAAUGAAGCUAUUUCAUGUACUUUGUAAAGGAUAGAAAUAAAAAAUGAGAUGAGGCUUAAUACCAUGUCAA